UUUUAAAGAUAUCAAAACUGAUUUGGCUCCAUUGCUGAGUUUUUUUCCCACAUCGGAAUAUGAGUCCAUCUUUGGAGUGAAAAGUUUUCCACGUGGGAACCCAUGACUGUCUGCAAGUUUCAGAGAUAUCUGCCUUUCCAGCUAGCGCCAUCAGGACCCCAGACUUCUCACUUUUUGCGGAUUAUUCGUUCACUCUGCGGGGGAGCUUACUGUCAGAAAUGCCAGAGGCGAGUUCAUUCGUAGGUAACGCGGCCUCCUAAACUGGAUUCCCUCCAAGCCACCAGCUUUGGAUUUGUCUACAACCGCCUCUGCUGUCUGCCGAUGACAUAUGGCUUUGUAAAAGGUGCUUUCAGUUGGAACUGUCAUUAACUCUUACACAUCAGGACUAAAUCACAAGAUACUGGAGUAAGACCAAGAUGGCUGCCAUCAUUCAUCCACUCUUGGUGAACUUAUCUUUAGCCGUCCUCCUGGGUUUGAUCUCUCUGGGUGGUCUGAACUUUCAACCGUCGGGUCAGGCUUUGGCGCAGUUCUCUUCCAACAACCAGACAACAGAACCAUCUACGUCACCAGAAGCAGCGCUAGUAACCCCGACACCAGACACAGAGGAGCAAGCAGGUCCGACUGGGGAUAACCGCUGUUGGGGUUACUAUGAUGUGAUGGGCCAGUGGGACCCACCUUUUAACUGUAACGCAGGUAUCUACCUGUUCUGUUGCGGUUCCUGCUUCUACCGCUUCUGCUGCCAGUUCAAAAUCCACAGUUUGGAUCAGACAUCCUGUUCAAAUUAUGACACACCUGUGUGGGCAAACACGGGACGACCGGUGGCACCUGUCACAGAAGCCCAGGAGGAACCGGACCGGGAUCGGACCCACAUGAUUGUGUAUAUUAUCUGUGGAGUGGUGGCCAUCAUGGUGCUGGUAGGGAUUUUCACCAAACUUGGGCUGGAGAAGAGUCAAGGAGGGCAGACCGACAUGACCAACUCUAGGACUUUGACAGAGCUUCUGAAGCAACCCGGGGAGGGCGGAGCGGUGGAUGGUACUGGUGUUCAUCAUCCUAUAGGCACAAACGGCAUCUCUGCCAGAGCGCUGCGCUCCAACAACGUAUAA